AUGUCGAACUUCCCCAACUUGCAGGCAGACUUGCAGAGCUUGUUGCAGUCACCGCAGUAUGUCCCUCUAGCAAGCAACCCGCAAGGGAACUCUGCCAUGAUGCAGCAGAACAUGCAGUUCCGGGAUCCAGGACAGCACCUGCAUCUGCAUCAGCAGCAGGCAGCUGCUACUUGGAUGACAACACCACAGCAGCAGCAGGAGAGAAUGACGGAGUUGGCGAUGCAAGAGCUGCAGAAUUUCCUUAGGCAGCCCGCAAUUCCCCCGGACAACAACUUGCCCUAUCAGGUGUACCCUGUGGCCCAUCGCAGCCAGGAGUUCGAAGGGCUGUACUCCAGCAUGCAGGGCAUAAGACAGCCAGUUGAGUUUCCUAGUGCUCAGCUACCAAAUGCAAGGGAGUGGAUGGAGCAGCCGCAGCCAUGGCCAGCACAGCCAAUUUCACUGAUUCCGCAGGGCGCUUGGGCAGGGCAGGGCAGGGAAAGGACGCUACAGGGGGAUUUGCAGCAUCGAGCUAUCUACGAGACUGUUCUGACGCAGAUGCGUCAAGGGAGCGGUUAUGGGAUGAACGUGAACAGCGAGGUGCAGCAGCUUAACAGUCAGCUUUCGAACUGGUCGGGGUACCAGCGGGGAUUCAGGGGAAAGAGCAACUUCCGUGGAGGAGGGAGUGGGCAGUUUGUGUCGAAUUUUGGAGCGGAAGGAAAGAGAUGGCAGCGGGUAAAGCCGUCCAAGGGUUUGCUGGACAACUUCGAAGGCGACGGGCCUGCAUGCAUCAAACUGCUGAAUGAAUACGGACAGAAGAACAGCUGUACCGUACAGUACGAUAGUCCGAUCAUCCCGACAAAGCCUGACGGGGAGGAGAAGGACAGCUCACUCACAUGCUCCGUCACGGUGAUUGUGGUAGACAGCAACGGGCAGACGGUCGUGCAGGGCAAGGCAGAGGGGAUGACGAAGAAGCUUGCGAAGCAAGGAGCAGCAGCACAGGCGAUCUGCACGCUGUUCCCACAGGAGGAGGAGAAUUUGAGGUCCAAGGGUCUGCUUGAGGACGUAGUGAAGCCAAGCAGCACUGCAACUCAUGGAGGAGAAACUGGAAGCUUGGAGCAGGGAACGGAGCAGGGGGAGCAAGAGGGAGCGAGUGGUGCCAGGAGCGCGAUGAUGGUCAACCCUGUGCUGCAUCUCCAGCAUGCAUGCAGCCGCCUGCACAAGAUGAUGGAGUUCAGCAUGCGGGAAGAAGGACCUCCGCAUAGCAAGACAUUCCAUGCAGACGUGGUGAUUGAAGGAGUGGUGAUGGGUAGAGGAACCGCCCCGAAGAAGAAGGGAGCGCAAGGGUUGGCGGCCCGCGAGGCUCUUGGCAAGCUUGAGCUGGAAGGAUGGUCAAACUUGCAGCCUCCUCCAGGCAUGGAUGGGGAGCGAAGCAACAAGCGCAAGCGACAUGAAGAAGGGGAGGAGGAAGUGGAUGGGGAGGGGGACUGGAUCCCUGAGGAGAAGAGACGGAGCUCUCAGCCAGCGACGGAGGGGAAGCAACUGGAUGUGACUCAGUCGACGAAACUGCUUCAUGCCCAUUGCUCCAAGAACCGACUCAAGUUGGAGUACAAGGUCGUCGAGGCUGGCCCGGCGCAUGCAAGAAUCUUCACGGUGGAGGCGGUGAUAGAAGGCAAGGUGUGCGGUUGUGGAGUGUCUGGGAAGAAGAAGGCGGCGACUGCGCUAGCGGCUCAGCAAGUGAUCGAGAGCAUGGGAAUCGACGUGGUGAGCCUCUUCAAGGGAGGAAAGGGCUCUGCUCAAGGGAAGGUGCGGCCGGAAGAUGAGGGGGUGAACGAGGUGCUGGAAGAAGUUAUCAGACGAGUGGAGGCUGACCCUGAGCAUGUGGGAGGGACGAGGAACACCGAUGGAGUGAUGAACGAAGGAGAAUGUUGA